AAUAAAGGGGAGAGAAGCGCAAAUUAUGUGGUUCCAGGCUUGCAAACAAAUCCUCCAGAGAGGAAUCGUUUAGAAAAAGUAAUGGGUUUGCUUCAAAGCCAACCGAAUCUCACUCGUUUCCUCGCCUCCUCAUACUUGCCAUUGCAUCUUUCUCCUUCCUUUCUCUUCUCUUUCUUUGUCCAUCUGUAUCUUCUCCUUAUUUAUAUACUCUUAGUCUACUUCCAAGAUUAUAAAAUCAAGACUGCCCGCCAAGAAAAUUUAGGCAAACAAACAUUAUUUUCAUGGAUGCUCAACAAGUAAUGGCUUCUGAAGACCUUUCACAUACCAAUAUCAUCAAAGGCAAGCGCACCAAGCGUCAACGCCUGCCCUCUCCUCUCGGGUUACCCGUCACUUCUAGCUCUUCUAGUGGCGGAGAUAGCGGUGCAGAACCACUUGAAAGAAUUGACAGUAACAUGUCUUCUGCAACGACGAUGACUUGUCCUGUCACCUCGAUUGAAUUCGCGGAAAGCACUGGUGGGGAAGAAGAGGACAUGGCUAAUUGCUUGAUUCUUUUAGCUCAAGGUAGCAGCCUCCAUAACCAGACUCGAAAAUUAUCUGAGCCUGCAGCUAUGGCUACGAGUACUACUGCUGUUAAUAAGGAAUCAGGGUCGUGGCAGCUUUACCAGUGCAAGACUUGUAACCGGUUCUUUCCGUCGUUUCAAGCUCUUGGUGGACACAGAACGAGUCACAAGAAGCCCCACAAUAAGACUAACAACGAAGAGAAUAGAGUGAUAGAAGAAGAGGAAGAUCAACUGCUUAAAAAUAUGAGCACAGCCCUUUCAUUGCAGAUGCCAAAUAGAGCUUUAUAUGGCAGUAGUAAUAUCAAAUCUAACAAGGUUCAUGAGUGUUCUAUAUGCGGGGCAGAAUUCUCCUCUGGCCAGGCCUUAGGCGGUCAUAUGAGGCGGCACAGAGCGGCGUUCGCUACUACUUCAACCACGACAACGACAACGAGAAUGAAUAUGAGCUUGGUUACAAGUAGUUGUGAGUCGCAAGAAUCCAAGAAGCCAAGAAAUAGUCUAGAGUUAGACCUUAAUCUUCCUGCACCAGAAGAUGAUCUCCAAGAAUUGAAUUUUCACUUUGGGUCCAAGGAACAAGUUCUUGUCUUCUCGGCUUCUUCUUUGGUUGAUUGCCAUUACUGAUAACAUUGCAGUGACAACUGCCCCUUUUUUUUUUUCCUUGUUAUUUUUGAUGUGGAAUUAUUUUACCCCAAACUCUUUGUGAAUUCAUUAUCAACUUCAUUUUCACUUAAGUAAUUCAAUUAAUUGUUAUUUUUUCAA